AUGGCUGAUUUAAAACACUUUUUAGCUGAAUUAGCGUUUUUGUUGACACAAUAUCAUUCUGUAACUCGAGACAAAUGUCAAGUACAAGUCUGGGCUUACCUCGGUGACUUCAGAAUAUUCACCACCAACAAGAAGGUUGCAGGCGCCCCUUCAGAAUACUGCCUAUGUUUAGUGCCUGACAGUGGCAUAAAGCAGUACAUUGCGUGCAGUUCCAUUACAACGCAAUCUUAUUGGAUGUGCGCUAUGAGAUUGUCGAAAUAUGGAAAGCAACUAAGAGACAACUACAGAUCAUUUGUGAAAAAGCACAACGAUGCUAAUGAAUAUGAAUACAACAAGAAGCCAUUGCCCAACGAAAGCGUACGGUCCCACGUAGCUAUGGACUUUUCCGGAAACGUUGGUCGUAUCGUAGAGGAUCCCAAAGAAGCACUUGCCAUUGCUCAAGCAGAGACUGGUAGUGUGCGGCGAAGCUGGAGAUCCAGUGGCCGAACUACUCCUGGUCUUCAAGCAGCUGUCACAAAACUUGAAAAUGAUAUUCACUUGUCUCAGCCAUGGUAUCAUAAAAACAUGAGCCGUGAUCAAGCUGCUCAUGUCCUUCAUGCACUUGGGAACAAAGAUGGGGUGUUUUUAAUACGAGAGAGCAAAAGUAAAUGUGGAUCGUAUGUACUAUCAUUCAAAUGUGGUGGUAAAAUUAUCCAUACACCUAUAAUAGCACAAAUGGAUCCACUUAACGAUCAAGUUUGUUUUACGCUAGACAACGGUGUGAUCAAAUUUUAUGACCUUUUACAACUAGUAGAGUUUUAUCAAUUAAAUGCAGGUAGUCUGCCCACCCGACUGAUGCACUAUGUUGUCCAAGUACCAGUCACCAAAUGA